AUGGAAAACUUCCAGUACAGCGUCCAGCUGAGUGACCAGGACUGGGCUGAGUUCUCAGCCACUGCCGAUGAGUGUGGCCUUCUGCAGGCUGACCUGGCAUCUGCGGACGAGCCCUUGUCCAGUGACAUUGACCAAGGGGACAGCAGUGGAAGCAGUCCCCCAGGGCCCCUAUCCCUCCUCACCAGGCAGCCAGCUCUAGAGAGGAGGGGCCUGCGGGGCCGUGAGGAGGAGGACAAGGACACUCAACCACUGGGCAGCAGGUGCGAACCUAUCCUGGCCCUAGGGGCUGGUCAGCAGACACCCAGCACGUCCACAGGGUCAGGAGUUGGGCAGACCCUCAACUCCGGCACCAGCCCUCCCAGCCACUCUGCGUCCCUCCUGGGGCCGGUGUUUACAGGAGGAGAAAUGCAGAGACUUUUACAGGGCCCAGCCCCUCGGGGCCCUGCCUCUGGGACCCCUGGUGAGCCCCCUCAGAGCCCCCAGCCUCCCAAAAAGCCCCCCAGCAGUCCUGGAGCCCCAAUGCGGAGCCCUAGCAGGAAGAAGAGACGUGCAGCCAAGGGAGGUGGGCACCAGGGAGCCCUGGCCCAGCCAGACUCCCCGGUACUCUCUGGGGCCAGGACCCCACUCCCAGCUUCAGAAUCAACCACAGAUGCUAGGCAGGGGCCAGACUUUGUACAGGCUAUUGGGGUUGGCCCUGGCACCCCGCCUCCAGCUCCCCAACGAGGUGCAGAACGGGUCAGAACAACCCCCAGAGCUGAGCUGCACCCCAUGUCUUCCACUGGAUGGGAUUCUGUCUAUACCACUGUCCAAGCCAAGGCUGGAUGUGGAUCUGCCUACAUUGGUCCCAGAGAGGUCAAGUCACCGGUGGACACAUCUAUCCCUGUCUCCCAGCCUCCCCGGGAUGGGACUUUGUCUACACCACUGUCCAAGCCUAGGCUGGGUGUGGAUCUGCCUACACUGGUCCCAGAGGUCAAGUCACCGGUGGACACAUCUAUCCCUGUCUCCCAGCCUCCCCGGGAUGGGACUUUGGCUACACCGCUGUCCAAGCCUAGGUUGGGUGUGGAUCUGCCUACACUGGUCCCAGAGGUCAAGUCACAUGUGGACCCAUCUGCACCUGUCUCCCAGCUUCCACCGGAUGGGACUCUGUCUACACCGCUGUCCAAGCCUAGGCUGGGUGUGGAUCUGCCUACACUGGUCCCAGAGGUCAAGUCUCCGGUGGACACAUCUGCACCUAUCUCCCGACUUCCACAGGAUGGGACUCUGUCUACACCGCAGUCCAAGCCAAGGCUGGGUGUGGAUCUGCCUACACUGGUCCCAGAGGUCAAGUCACCGGUGGACACAUCUAUACCUGUCUCCCAGCCUCCCCGGGAUGGGACUCUGUCUACACCGCUGUCCAAGCCUAGGCUGGGUGUAGAUCUGCCUACACUGGUCCCAGAGGUCAAGUCUCCGGUGGACACAUCUGCAACUGUCUCCCGGCUUCCACCGGAUGGGACUCUGUCUGUACCGCAGUCCAAGCCAAGGCUGGGUGUGGAUCUGCCUACACUGGUCCCAGAGGUCAAGUCACAUAUGGACCCAUCUGCACCUGUCUCCCAGCUUCCACUGGAUGGGACUCUGUCUACACCACUGUCCAAGCUGAGGCUGGGUGUGCAUCUGCCUACACUGGUCCCAGAGGUCAAGUCACCAGUAGACCCAUCUACACUUGUCUCCCAACUUCCACGGGAUGGGACUUUGUCUACACCGCUGUCCAAGCCUAGGCUGGGUGUGGAUUUGCCUACACUGGUCCCAGAGGUCAAGUCACCGGUGGACACAUCUAAACCUGUCUCCCAGCCUCCCCAGGAUGGGACUUUGUCUACACCGCUGUCCAAGCCUAGGCUGGGUGUGGAUCUGCCUACACUGGUCCCAGAGGUCAAGUCACAUGUAGACCCAUCUGCACCUGUCUCCCAGCUUCCACUGGAUAGGACUCUGUCUACACCGCUGUCCAAGCCUAGGCUGGGUGUGGAUCUGCCUACACUGGUCCCAGAGGUCAAAUCACAUGUGGACCCUUCUACACCUGACUCAGCUCUGCUGCACCCCGUUCUCCAGGACAAGUCUGGCGUGGAUGUGUUCACGCUUGCCUCCCGAGCAACCAUGCCUGCCCCCUCCCGGUCCUCCAUCCCUGAGGCCCUGCCUGGACCGGAUGUGAGCCCUACUGUGUCCUCACCAGGACCCGAGCCCUUGCCAGAUGCUCCUGAACACCUGUCAGGGGAACCCCCCACAGGUCCCACCCAGGUCCCCAAGAGGAAGAAGGUUCGAUUCUCCAUGGCUGUGCCUAGCCCUGAGGAGCUAGAGCAAGGGACAGCCCCAGGCCCACCCUCGCCAACCAGGAUGACAGUGGGAUCUCGGGUGGCACCAGGGGCCUGGGACGCUGUGGCGGUCAGACCCCGGCCCCCACAGCCUCGGAUCCUCAAGCAUCUGCCUCCCCCUGCUCCCUCCACCUCAGGGGGUCCCAGGUCAGGGAGCUUUGCCCUGACCCUCCCGGAAGCCUAUGAGUUUCUGUUUUGUGACACUAUAGAGGAGGAGGACGAGGAUGCUGAGGAGGGGGCAUCUGGCCAGGUCCCAGAGAACGUGCAGUGGCCCGAUGUCUGUGAGUUCUUCUUCCAGGACUGCAGGGCCCAGAGGCUAAGGCCACACGGGGGCUGUGCCCUAGCCUCCAACCUGCCAACAGAGCGUGCACCAGCCCUUCCGCCUGGAGACCCCAUGCCCAUCUCUGUCCCUGAGGCCUAUGAGCACUUCUUUGAGGAGGAAAGGUGGGGGCGCAUGCUGGAGAUGGUUCCCCCACCUGAGCCUAGUGUGGUUGCCGCAGCGGAGCUCAGCCUGGUGAACUGGCGGGCAGGGGAGCCCCGUAGUCCCCUCCCUGCAUUUACCUUCAGCCAGAGUGACAUGUGCUUGGUGUUUGUGGCUUUUGCCACCUGGGCUGUGAGGACAUCAGAUCUGCACACCCCAGAUGCUUGGAAAACAGUUUUGCUGGCAAACAUCGGCACCAUCUCCGCCAUCCGAUACUUCCGCCGGCAGGUGGCACGGGGGCACCCCAGCCCGAGUCCCAGCCCCAACCCCAGCCGCAGCCCCAGUCCCAGCCGCAGCCCCAGUCCCAGCCGCAGCCCCAGUUCCAGCAGCAACCCCCGCUCCUAG